AUGGAAGCGACGGCGUUAUCAGCUGGAUUUCAUCCUCUUCUGAAGCCUAACGGAUACAAAUCCCCGAGGUCAUGUUCUCAGAAGAAUUCUCUAUCUUUCGUUCGAUGCGAGUCAUCUAGCGGAUUCAACAAACCGAAACCCGAAGGAUCUAUUGCGAUCACGCACCGUGGAUCGAGCUUCAAGACGAACGUGUUCGAGCAAGCCCAUUCCGUGGCUGGAGACGCCUCUUCUUACGAUGACACCACAGCUAAAACCCGUUCCCAUGUCGCAGAAGAUAAGAUCGGUGUCCUGCUUUUGAACUUAGGUGGCCCUGAAACUCUCAACGACGUGCAACCAUUCUUGUAUAACCUCUUUGCAGACCCGGAUAUUAUAAGGCUUCCAAGACCAUUUCAGUUUCUCCAAGGGACGAUAGCGAAGUUUAUAUCUGUGGUUCGCGCUCCUAAGUCGAAAGAAGGGUAUGCUGCUAUUGGCGGUGGCUCUCCAUUGCGUAAGAUAACCGAUGAGCAAGCAGAUGCUAUUAAGAUGGCUUUACAAGCAAAGAACAUUGCUGCUAACGUCUAUGUUGGCAUGCGGUAUUGGUUCCCAUUCACUGAAGAGGCUGUUCAGCAGAUUAAGAAGGACAAAAUUACAAGACUUGUUGUACUACCGUUGUACCCUCAGUAUUCUAUCUCCACGACUGGUUCGAGCAUCCGCGUUCUUCAAGACUUAUUCAGGAAAGAUCCGUACCUAGCUGGAGUGCCAGUUGCUGUUAUACAGUCGUGGUACCAAAGACGAGGCUAUGUUAAUUCCAUGGCAGACCUCAUUGAGAAGGAGCUUCAGAUUUUCUCUGAUCCUAAGGAGGCUGUGAUAUUCUUCAGUGCUCAUGGUGUGCCAGUCAGUUACGUAGAGAAUUCCGGAGAUCCAUACCAGAAACAGAUGGAAGAGUGCAUUUACUUGAUUAUGGAAGAGCUAAAAGCCAGAGGUGUUCCUAACGAGCAUAUAUUGGCGUACCAGAGUCGUGUUGGGCCUGUACAAUGGCUGAAGCCAUACACCGAUGAGGUUCUCGUCGACCUUGGUAAGAAAGGUGUUAAGAGUCUACUAGCCGUUCCAGUCAGUUUUGUGAGUGAGCACAUUGAGACUCUUGAAGAGAUAGACAUGGAGUAUAGGGAACUAGCUCUAGAGUCAGGGAUAGAGAACUGGGGCCGAGUCCCGGCGCUAGGUCUAACGCCGUCCUUCAUCACCGACUUGGCUGAUGCGGUGAUAGAAUCUCUCCCUUCAGCAGCAGCAAUCUGGAACCCAAGUGUCUCAGAAGAUAGUGAGUCAUCAGACGCUUUCAGUUACCUUGUGAAGAUGUUCUUCGGUUCGAUCCUGGCUUUCGCACUGCUUCUCUCCCCAAAGAUGAUCGAUGCUUUCCGGAACCAUCUUAUAUAG